AUGGACAACAUCGUCAGCUCUGCAAGAUACAGCCCCCUUCCGUAUGCCGAACUCAUUCGUCUCGACAAGCCGACCGGAACGUACUACUUGUUCUUUCCAUGCCUCUUCAGCACGCUACUUGCUGCUCCGCUAGCCACACCGAUCGCUCCUCCAUUAGCCGUCACUGGAACCAUCGUGCUCUUCCUGACUGGUGCACUCGUCAUGCGUGGAGCAGGCUGCACCAUCAACGACCUCUGGGACCGGAAUCUCGACCCUCACGUGACCCGUACGCGUCUUAGGCCAGUCGCCCGCGGUGCCAUUAAGCCUAGGCAGGCAAUCGUAUUUACCGGCGCACAGCUGCUUACUGGACUUGCUGUACUGGUGCAGCUUCCAACUCAGUGCCUGUGGUAUGGAAUACCGUCGCUCGCCCUGGUCGCAACAUACCCUCUUGCCAAGCGUGUCACGCACUAUCCGCAAUUUGUACUUGGUCUCACCUUCUCAUGGGGUGCUAUAAUGGGAUUCCCUGCCCUUGGCAUCGAUCUGCUAUCGAACCAGCCGGCACUGACUGCAGCAUCUUGUCUGUACACUAGCAAUAUCGCCUGGACUGUGCUCUACGACAUGAUAUACGCACACAUGGAUAUCAAGGACGACGCCAAGGCUGGUAUCAAGAGCAUUGCUCUGAGACAUGAGAAGGAGACCAAGGCCGUGCUGACUGGACUGGCUGUUGCGCAGAUCGGCUUGCUUGGCGCAGCUGGUGCCGCUGUAGGUGCGGGGCCGGUAUUUUUCGUUGGCAGCUGUGGGAGUGCUGCUGCCACGCUGGCAACGAUGAUCUGGAAAGUCGACUUGAAAGACGUCUCGAAUUGUUGGUGGUGGUUCAAGUAUGGAUGUUGGUUCACUGGAGGCGGCAUCUCCCUGGGGUUGCUCGGUGAAUAUGUUGCUCAUUUGACUGGAUUGUACGAGAAGAAGGAGGAUACCGCCGGUCUACAGAGAUAG